AUGGAAGUUCUUGAAGAUAAUUUGGCGGACUUCCAGGAGGUUCUGGAGUUGGACUAGGGAAAUAAUUACAAAAAAGGGGGAGAUUCUUAAAAUACCUUACUAGAAUCUUCAUUAAAGUCCUGUUCAAGAAUCGGUAGUUCCUCCAGAAAAAUCUCUUCUUUUUUUUUAAAAUAAGUUUCAGGGCCCUUUAGGAAGAUCAAGGUUCAAGACGAAGCUUUAAAGAAAUCAAGAAAAAGAAAGAUUCCGUCUCCAAGGGCUCCAUGAGAAGACGUUCCGCUCCGUCGGACCCGAACAAAAAGAAGACGUGACGGGGUGGGCGCGCCAAAACCAUACAAAUAACUAAAAGCAACUUAGGAAGCUUAAGAAGAGAGUAGGGGAGGGCGUCGUCGACGGACAGGGACAGGAAGAAGGCAAUUACCACGAGUCGAUCCUUCCAAUUUUCAGGCUUUUGUGUCCCCCGUCUCGGCCAUUCCGGCACCUUGCUUUGCUUCUUCGUGUCCUCUUGACCACCUCAUUAGGAGUGGACGCCGGAAAUCAGGGUGACGAGGGUGGGGCUGAGUUGUUGAAAAUCACCGAGGCGAGAAUUUGAAGCUGAGUUUCAGAAAGAUUCUCCGCUUGUGGAAUAAUUGAAGAGUAUUUUUUCGGUUCACGAAACUGUCGUUGAUCAAGGACGACGCGGAGAUAAUCAAGUUCUUUUUUUUUGUUAGUAGUUUUUUGAGCAUUUGGAUGAUCAGCUUCUUCUCCAUGAAGAAGCAGUACGGCUUGUCCAGCUUGUCCAGGGGAAUCCCAGAAGAGAGCGGAAAUGAAGACCGACCACUUGGAACGUAG